AUGAUUUAGAAUCAAUCAGCUAGUGUUCCUAGUGAGGAGAGUAGUAUAGUUCAUGAGCCUUUUGAAGGAGGUGAUCCAUCUCCUCUAACUAAUCAAUCAAUUAAUAUGGGAAAUCCACCUAUAACUGUUGUACCAACUUAAGUGAGUGAAUUGACUUAAAUGAAUUAAGAGAAUGUUGAAGGAGAUUCAAAUGCUCCAGGUGAUCAGGAUCAGAAAAUUAUAAUUCACAAUUUAGAAUAGAAAUUAGCGCCAGCUUAAGAAAGUUCAUUAAUUGAAACGAAAUGCAAGAAAAAAUAAAAUUUCCCAGCUCUAAAGUUACGAUAAGAAUUAAUCAAAUACCUCUUAAAUUUUUGGUAAAGAUUUAGUAGAAUUUUUUAAGUUUUUUUGUCGCAAAAACAAUAAAGGAGAGAACCAAAGCCAGAAGUAAAAACAACAGAUGCGGAUCAAAUGGAUUCCCUAAACUAAAGCGGCAUUCAAAAAAUAGAAAAAUUAUUUAAUAAUGUAAUUGAAGUAAUUUUUCAAAUUAAUACUGGAACAAAAUAAACUGAAACUAUAAAAAUAAAUAUAAGGUUUUUGAUUUAUUGGGAAAUUUGGGUUAAAAAAUCAAAAUCCUAAUUAGAAAAUGAAAAGAAAUAAGGUGAAGUUAGUAAAACGCAAAACAAUCAAGAUAAAGAAAUGGCAGAAAACCAGAAGAGAGACACUCCGAAAGUAUAAUGUUUGAAUAGAUACAUUCCAGAGAUAGAAAAUUAACUACUGAAUCUAGAUGAUUAUUCAUCCUCUUAAUAAGAAACUUGUGAACCACGAGUUGAUUGUUAUGAGGACCCUCCUCGUCAGUUGAUGUAGGAACGUAAGAAUUCAUCAGAAUUUGAAAACAAUGAUCAAAAUUAAGCAGGCCAAGAAUAAUAUUUUUUAUUCAAUUGUUUCAAUUGUUAGAUCUUUGAUUUAGGAAAACAAUGAGAAUUUAAAUAAUUAUUAAAGUACAGAAAUAUACAAAUUUA